AUGGGGGUGACACGCCUUGUAUCCGAGCUCGAGCUGGGAUGGAUCGAGUCGCAGAACCAGCGUGACAAGCGCAUGGAGGAGCUGUGGGCCAAGCUGGACACGCAAAAGUCGGGCUUCCUUGACUUCAAGGGCCUGCAGCGGGGAUUGAAGAGGAUUGAUCAUCAGUUCCGGACGUUUGUUGAGCAGACCGAAAAGCAGCUUCUGAUCCUGUUCCACUCGAUCGAUCGGGACAAUAACGGAAAGCUCGACAAGGCAGAGCUGCAGGCAGCUUUCAAGCGUGCUGGGCUCGUUGUGCCGAUGCGGAAGCUCGACGCCUUUUUCAACGACAUUGACCUGAACAACGACGGCUAUAUUACCUUUGGCGAAUGGCGGGACUUCCUGCUGUUUAUGCCGGUGCACCACGGCAAUGCGCCGCUUGAGGCUGUCCUCAGCUACUACUCGUCGAUUGUCACCCUCACUGCCGAGGGCGACUCGAUGGUAUCGGAGGAAACACUUGAAGGCUUAGGUACGACCGGCUUCCUUCUCAAAACUCUCUUUGGGUCUAUCCUGCGGAUUGCCUCCCCUGCGGACCGCGACCCCGAGCCCACCGACUUGCAGCAGCCAACACCAGAUUCCACGCCUUCCCUCUCGCAGGGAUCCAGUACUACCACCACAGAAGACCAACGCCUCGCGGCGCCAUCAUUACGAGACUCAUCAGUACCGCCAUCACAACCAGCAGACCCCCUCACAAGUAAUCGAGAAGACAUGGAGUCGAGCGUGCUCCAGUCCUAUGUCACGGCUCUUGACGCCGCUCACGCCGAAGAGCGCGCCACCAUCGCAAAGUCCCUCCGCCUCGGCCACGCUGCAAUCCAGGCGACGACCACAACGGACCAAGGCUCUCAGGUGCGCCAGAAGAAAACAAAACUGACGAGUUACAUCCCUGAUCCAGGCUACUUCCUUGCCGGUGCCGUCGCUGGCGGUGUCUCGCGCACCGCCACGGCGCCCCUUGACCGUCUCAAGGUCUACCUGCUCGUCAACACAAAGUCGAGCGCCGACACGGCCCUCGCGGCCCUCAAGCAGGGCCGGCCCCUAGUCGCCCUGGCCAAUGCCGGCAAGCCCUUUGGCGAUGCCUUUCGUGACCUUUGGCAGGCCGGCGGUAUGCGCAGCUUGUUUGCUGGCAACGGUCUCAACGUGAUCAAAAUUAUGCCUGAAAGCGCAAUCAAGUUUGGGUCCUACGAAGCCGCCAAGAGGGCCCUCGCUAAGCUCGAGGGCCAUGACGACCCCAAGAGGAUCAACUCUUACUCCAAGUUCACGGCGGGCGGCAUUGCCGGCAUGGUCGCACAAUUCUGCGUCUACCCCCUUGAUACCCUAAAGUUCAGACUUCAGACAUCCACUGUCCAGGGCGGGCUAACAGGCAACGCCCUCGUCAUUGACACGGCCAAGAAGAUGUGGCUCGCAGGCGGCUUCCGCUCCGCCUACCGCGGCGUCACCAUGGGCCUGAUAGGCAUGUUCCCGUACAGCGCCAUCGAUAUGGGGACGUUUGAGCUCCUCAAGACGUCGUACAAGAAGUACGCCGCCCAGUACCAGGGCAUCCACGAAGAGGACGCCAAGCCGGGCAACAUUGUCACGGGCGUCAUUGGUGCGACGAGCGGCGCGUUUGGCGCCACGGUCGUCUAUCCGCUCAACGUCCUGCGCACGCGCCUGCAGACGCAAGGCACGGCCAUGCACCCGGCGACGUACACGGGCAUAUGGGACGUGGCGCAGAAGACGCUGAAGAACGAAGGCAUGCGCGGCAUGUACAAGGGUCUCACGCCGAACCUCCUCAAGGUUGCGCCCGCCCUCAGCAUAACCUGGGUCAUGUACGAAAACUCCAAACGCAUGCUGGGUCUGGAGUGA